CCACUGCUCAUGCAAUUUAACAAUUUUAGUGAGAAAGAGUUGGGGAUCAGCGUGAACUUGACGGGCAUCUUCUUAGGGACCAAGCACGCUGCUCGAGCCAUGAUGCCAUCGCGGAGCGGAAGCAUCAUCAAUGUCGGCAGCGUUAGCUCGAGCGUGGGCGGGGUCGCGUCCCACGCGUACACCAACUCCAAGCACGCCGUCAUGGGGCUCACGAGGAACGUGGCCACGGAGCUUGAGCGAUAUGGAAUUCGCGUGAACUGUGUCUCGCCUCAUUUCAUUUUAGCGCCAUUGACGAAGGAGUUCUUCAAAAUUGAUGAGAGUGCAGGAGUCCGAGUGUAUUCUAACUUGGAUGGGGGUGAGUCUACAGAAGAAGAUGUGGCAAAGGCUGAUGUGUAUCUGGGGAGUGACGAGUCCAAGAAUAUGGCUAAUGAACUCAGGCUUCCUAUCAUCGACGAGAUCAGAAAACACUUAGGAAUCCCUUCGGAUUGGAGAGAGUCUAAGAAGGAGAUGUUUGCUUGA